AUGGGUUGUGUUUGUUGCAAGUUUCCAUCAUCUUUGUCUGAUGGUGGUAAGAAGAUCAAGCGAAUGAGACGAAAAAAUGCCACAACAGAUGAGUUUUCUGAAGUUAUUCCUAUCCUUUCUCAUGAUUUCAAGCUAGAGUGUGUUGCGCUUACACGACGUGGGUAUUUCCCUGACACCCCGAAUAAAGAUAAUCAAGAUUGUUUCUGUAUCAAAACAAGUAUCCAAGGUAACCUGGCGGCCGGAGGGCGCUUCUUUUGUCUCGAAUGGAAUGAGGGAAGGGGUGUCGAUGGGGCAGUUGCUUCGAUCGGUAAUGCGCCUCUUCUCUUUUCUUUUUAG